AUGAAGAACUGCUCGGUGGUGACUGAGUUCGUCCUAUUGGGAAUCCCACACACAGAGGGACUGGAGACUGUACUUUUCAUCUUGUUCUUGCCCUUCUAUGCCUGCACCCUGCUGGGAAAUUUGUCUAUCCUUGUGGCUGUUCUUUCUUCUACUCGCCUUCACACACCAAUGUAUUUCUUCCUGGGGAACGUUUCUGUGUUUGACAUGAGUUUCUCCUCUGUGACUUGUCCUAAAAUGCUGCUCUAUCUCAUGGGGCUGAGCCCACUCAUUUCCUACCAGGACUGUGCCUCCCAGCUCUUCUUCUUCCACUUUCUUGGCAGCGCUGAGUGCUUCUUGUUUACCGUGAUGGCCUAUGACCGCUUCACUGCCAUCUGUUACCCUCUGCAGUACAUGGUCAUCAUGAACCCUAGAAUCUGUGUGGCUUUGGCUGUGGGCACAUUGCUGUUAGGAUGCAUCCAUUCCAGUGUCCUCACAUUGCUCACCUUCACCUUGCCGUAUUGUGGUCCCAAUGAAGUGGAUCACUUCUUUUGUGAUAUCCCAGCACUCUUACCCUUGGCCAGUGCUGAUACAUCCUUGGCCCAGCGGGUGAGCUUCACCAAUGUUGGCCUAGUAUCUCUCGUCUGCUUUCUCCUAAUUCUUAUGUCCUACACUCGAAUCACAAUCUCUAUCCUGCGUAUUCAAUCAACUGAGGGCCGUCGCCGAGCCGUCUCUAUGUGCAGUGCCCACCUCAUGGCCAUCCUCUGUGCCUAUGGGCCCAUCAUUACUGUCUAUCUGCAGCCUACACCUAACCCCAUGCUGGGAACUGUAGUUCAGAUUCUGAUGAAUCUUGUAGGACCAAUGCUGAACCCUUUGAUCUAUACCUUGAGGAAUAAAGAAGUAAAAACAGCCCUGAAAAAAAUAUUGCACAGGACAAACCACAUCCCUGAGAUUUAAUAAGAAUGUAUGGAUGGGCUGAGGAUGUGGAAUUCUUUAUGCCCAAGAUGGGAAAUUUGGCUCUGGAAUCCUUACAUGUUGUUCUUCCAGGGCAUGCUGAGUGGUGUGGACUGGUGUGUCAUAAUACUUCAUCAUUUUGUCUAUUUUAU